AUGUGGCAUGAGAGGACGGACGGUGUUGAAGCGUCGCUGGCAAUACUACUAAAGACAACAUCACCAAAGAGAAUAUCACUGAAGGCGGUUCUUCAGGAGGCACAGCCGCGAUUCUUCAUGGGAAACCUAGGCUUAUGUAACGUGUUAAGACAUCAAACCAAUCGUAUACCUGCGACACUUAUAUCUGGUGAAGUCCCGAAGCCAGAGCUGGAGCGACUGGGGCGGCACUUCACCCCUGGGGGACGGGCUGCAGCGCCUGCCCCUGGCCACUGGCUGUUCCCGGGCGCCUUUGCGGAGGCCGCCGACAAAGUCUACAACUUCAAGUGGAAGGAGGAAGACGUGGUGGUGACGGGCUUCCUGAAGACAGGCACCACGUGGCUUCAAGAGAUCCUGUGGACUAAGAGGAACAACCCGAACCUCGACCGCCCACUCGCCAACAGGCCUAUCCUUGACCGAGUCCCAAUUAUUGAAUUUAUAACACAGAAGUAA